UUCAGUUGUUGCUCAGUGCUGAGAGGUGUUGGUUGUGUCGCUCACGUGGGGCGGGACAGUGCAUGGCGGAAGUAUUUCGUCUCACAUUCAAACGAAGUUUAGUACAGUGAACAUGAAAACUUAUACUAGAUUUUUCUCAAUUUUAAUUGAUUGUAGUACAUGACUGUCUGCCGACAGUUGAAAUCUUUCACGAAAUGGAAGACUUAUUUGUUGAGAAAAGUAAGUGUUUUUGUUGACAUUGUUUACAUCGAACAGCUUUCCUGGUGACUUAUUAACUAACGAAUAUGAAUGGGCUCGUAGACAAGGUGGCCAACGCUCCUCCUCUGGUCAUGGCGGAGGGCUGGCCUGCCAGAAACGGGCUUCGCAGUGAUAAUCACGAGGUCGCCCACCCACCCCAAGGCGUGGGCGUGAAGGACACAGGUGCAGGCAGCAGGGUAUCUGAGGAGCUGCCCGCGCGGUACAAUGUCGCUCACCCAUCGAGCUCCUCGCUGCCUGUUCACCUUACCGCCUCGCCUGGGCACCCCGCUGACCCCAGACUGACCCCGCGCCUGCACCCGGUCCUGCAGCACGACGCGAGAGGUCCGGCUAGCGACUCUGAUGAUCCUGACCAGGCGUUAGGAUCUAAGGCGGCGUCCUUCUACAUAGGCGGCGAUGAUGCUUUGUCCCCGCCAAUCACUCGCCAGAAGAGUCAGACAGGGCCGGGGACGCCGUGGAAGGUUCCCGGGGCGGGGAGUCGGGUGGUGGAGUUCACGCCUCCUGACGGCGGCUACGGAUGGGUGGUGGCAUUGGCUGCCUGCUUCAUUAACCUCUGGAUAAUCGGCUUCACCAAGAGCUACGGUGUGCUGUAUGUGGCGAUUCGUGAAACGUUUCCCGAGGCUUCGGCAUACCAUAUCUCCUGGGUGCCCUCUCUCCUCUCCACCGUGGGCCUCCUCACAGCUCCCGUGACUGGCAUUAUGUGUCGUCGCUUCACCUCGCGCAAAGUGUCCUUCUUCGGCGGCUCCCUGUGCUUCCUCGGGCUGCUGCUGGGCUCCAUGGCCUCCAAUGUGAACCAGCUCAUUGCCUCAGUCGGCCUCCUCACAGGUUUGGGCUCGGGCAUCACCACCACGUCUGGGAUCCUCAUCGUCUCCCUCUACUUUGAGCGGCGGCGCACCAUCGGCUCCUCCAUUUGCCUCUCGGGCAAUGCUUUGGGGGGCUUUUUCAUGCCGCCGCUUGUGGAUCAUCUCCUGAAAACCUAUGGGCUGAGAGGCGCCUUCCUCAUCCUGGCCGCCCUUCAGCUCCACAUCUGCGCUGCUUCUAUGCUCUUCCGUCCAAUAUCCCUCCACGCCCUAGUGCAGGCCGCCGAGCUCCGCAGAAAAGACAAAUUACUUCCCUCCGUCGCAGCCUCUUCGCCGACACGCUUUUCUUCGCCCUCCCACUUGAAGACGUUCUGGUCGCGGAUGAGGAGGCAUUACGUCAGCGUGGAAAGCGUCCAGGAGUCUGAAGUGCAGCGCCAGGUUUCCUUCCUAAGAUCAGCUUCGAUGCUGAACAGUGUCCCUAACCUGACGCUCUACGCCCGCUCCUGGUCGGUGUCUGGUGGGCCAGCUUUCCCUGACAGCCGUCCUUCUUUCAACGUAGGUAGCAGAUCUUCUCUGUCCAAUAAUUCCACCAGUAAGUGGUCUUUAACCAGACUGCCAAUGUUUGCGGAACAUCCCACCGUGAUGCGGUUGUCUUCUGAAGACGAAAGUAUCCAGAGAUCUGCAUCAGGACUUAUGCAUCAUGGCGGCUCUCGCCGAUCGUCUUUGCCUCGCAUCCUGGGUGGAGUUGAUCAUAGGUCCUCGUUGACGCGUCAGACAUCCAUUCGCACGGCGCACAGCAGGAUAAUGGAGUCGCUCCAGGAGCAGGACAAAGAAGACUCCGAAGGCAUUCUACAGUCAACUUCCCCUGAUUGUGAUGAAAAAGAAGAAAGUGAGCAAAUGAUAAAGGAAGAAAAGGACAAUGAAAAGUCACAAAUAAAGCAGGAAGAAAGGGAGCCAGAGAAGAAAGAAAAUAUGGAAGAAGAGGAGAAGCCCAGCUGCUGUCUUGAAUGUCUGCGAGGACUAUGUGACGCUUCUCUCUUCAAAGACGGGCAGUUCUGGGUGGUGGCGAUAUCCGUGUUCCUCGUGGCCUGUGGAACACCCUUUUCUCUCUUCUAUUUGCCAUCGUACGCCGACUCGAUCUCCAUUCCUUCCUCCGCCACCACCGGGAUGCUGUCCGUGUCAUCCAUUGUGGACCUGAUAGGCCGCCUCAGCACCGGGGUCAUCUCGGACCUCCACUUCUGUCAGCUGCACUACAUUUACUUCAUCAGCUCCCUGUCCGCGGGGUCAGCAGUGCUGAUUCUCCCGCACGUCACCGACACAGCGGCGCUCACUGGUGUCCUCUGCGUCUUCGGCUUCUUCGUCGGGUCCUGGUUCGUCACCAUUCCCGCAAUGCUCGCUGACCACCACGGCACCUCCAAGCUGGCCGCCUCAUAUGGCAUUGUCAGACUCUUCAACGGCAUCAUGAACUUCAUCUCCCCUCAGGCGACUGGCAUGCUGUACGAUGCCACGCAGAGCUACAAGGCGGUGUACACGCUGAUGGGCACGAGCAUGGUGACAGGCUCCGUGUUGGUGCUCCUCUCGCCGCUCGUUCGCCGCAAUAAGAACAAUAACAAUAACAACAACAAUAAUAAUAACGACAGUGAUGGCAAUACUCCUGAGGACAAAAAUGGCACAAGUAAGAAAAGUAAUCCAGAUGACAACGCUGUGUAGGUCUUGCAGGAACAGUAACUGACCUUCUCUCCUGGACUGCCUCAUUUACCUGCCUCAGGGACGAGUGAUCGAUGAACUGUGAGGUGAAUUGUGAGGAAUAGUGCAGCGUGGUGAUGUGAAAGUAGUGGUAUAGGAGAGGCGUGGAGGGAGUCAGUCCCUCUUGAAGAGUGAGCAGGGUAGGAUGUCAUAUAGCAUGUAAGUCACGCAUUCCACCCGUCAUAUGAUGAAAAUAUCAUAUAUAUAUAUAUAUAUAUAUAUAUAUAUAUAUAUAUAUAUAUAUAUAUAUAUAUAUAUAUAUAUAUAUAUAUAUAUAUAUAUAUAUAUAUAUAUAUAUAUAUAUAUAUUAUUUUUUGUUAUCACUAAGCUUUGUUAAUCGUCCAGAGAGAUUUAUGUAUACUAUUUAUGAAAGGCUGUGUAUUCAACUGUGUAGAGAAAUUACUGUGAACUAAGAUUUAAGGUUUUUUAUUAAAAAAUCAUACAUGUGU